GGCUCUCCUGUAGGACUGAGUCCCGCAGUCCGAUCAGGUCAGGGUUCAGGAUCAGGUCAGGAUUCAGGAUCAGGUCAGGGUCCAGAUCAGGAUCAGUCAGGAUUCAGGAUCAGGUCAGGAUUCAGAUCAGGAUUCAGGAUCAGGUCAGGAUUCAGGAUCAGGUCAGGAUUCAGAUCAGGUCAGGAUUCAGAUGAGGAUCAGGUCAGGGUUCAGGUCAGGGUCCAGGAUCAGGUCAGGGUUCAGAUCAGGUCAGGAUUCAGAUCAGGAUCAGGUCAGGAUUCAGGUUCAGAUCAGGAUCAGUCAGGAUUCAGGAUCAGGUCAGGGUCCAGGAUCAGGUCAGGGUCCAGAUCAGGUCAGGAUUAGGUCAGGAUUCAGAUCAGGAUCAGGUCAGGGUCCAGGAUCAGGUCAGGGUCCAGAUCAGGUCAGGAUUAGGUCAGGAUUCAGAUCAGGAUCAGAUCAGGAUCAGUCAGGAUUCAGGAUCAGGUCAGGGUCCAGGAUCAGGUCAGGGAUCAGGUCAUGGUUCAGGAUCAGGUCAGGUUCCAGGAUCAGGAUCAUUCAGUAUUCAGGUCAGGAUUCAGAUCAGGUCAGGAUUCAGGAUCAGGUCAGGGUCCAGGAUCAGGUCAGGGUUCAGAUCAGGUCAGGAUUCAGAUCAGGAUCAGGUCAGGAUUCAGGUUCAGAUCAGGAUUCAGGUCAGGGUCCAGGAUCAGGUCAGGGUGAUCAGGUCAGGAUUCAGAUCAGGUCAGGAUUAGGUCAGGAUUCAGAUCAGGAUCAGGUCAGGGUCCAGAUCAGGUCAGGAUCAGGUCAGGAUUCAGGAUCAGGUCAGGGUCCAGGAUCAGGGUUCAGAUCAGGAUCAGUCAGGGAUCAGGUCAGGGUCCAGGAUCAGGAUCAGUCAGGAUUCAGAUCAGGUCAGGAUUCAGGUCAGGGUCCAGGAUCAGGUCAGGGUCCAGGAUCAGGUCAGGGUUCAGAUCAGGAUCAAUCAGGAUUCAGGAUCAGGUCAGGAUUCAGAUCAGGUCAGGAUUCAGGUUCAGAUCAGGAUCAGGUCAGGGUCCAGGAUCAGGUCAGGGUUCAGAUCAGGUCAGGAUUCAGAUCAGGUCAGGAUUAGGUCAGGAUUCAGAUCAGGAUCAGGUCAGGGUCCAGAUCAAGUCAGGAUCAGGUCAGGGUCCAGGAUCAGGUCAGGGUUCAGAUCAGGAUCAGUCAGGAUUCAGAUCAGGUCAGGAUUUAGAUCAGGGUCCAGGAUCAGGUCAGGAUUCAGGAUCAGGUCAGGAUUCAGAUCAGGAUCAGGUCAGGGUCCAGGAUCAGGUCAGGGUUCAGAUCAGGAUCAGGUCAAGGUUCAGGAUCAGGUCAGGGUUAGGUUGACGUUAACUUGACUAACGACUCACGUGAGUCAUGUGACUAACAGCACUAACGAUUAGUGUUGAAUCAUGAUUUAAAUGAAUGAAUUAGUACGGAACAGUUUGUUUGACCCGGUCCAAUCAGGAGGCGGUGGUGUCUGGACGCAUCGGGCCGAGCCAAUGAGAGUCCGGACUCCUCCAGACCGGCUGCUGCUGAAGGAGCCACAAGCUUUACGUCUACUGUCAGUCGCUUUGGAUCACCAAUUGGUCUUUUGCUCAUUUCUAUCUCAUCUGGCAGCGUAACAAAGCGUUUCCACCUUAUAUGGAGGUAAACAACAGCAGGGGGCGGAGCCACAGACAGGUGUGACGUCACCUGAUCAGCGGAUGACUGAGGCUGACGAGGUAAGGCAGAGAAAGAGAGAGACAGGGCAGAAACAGGAAGCAUAUAUUCAGCGGCUGUUAGCGUGUUAGCGUGCUCUGAACACUCAGCAUA